AUAUAUAACAUUACACUGUCACCAUUCACGCUGAAUACAACUGCAUACAAGCGACUCUGUGGUCCUGUCCGAAACCCUAUCAUUCAUCAAACCCUAUCAAACUACUGGGGGAAAGCAAAAAACACAAUAAAAUGGGCACAAAUUAUUUGCUGCCGCUUGCCGCGUAUUUUCUAGCCUGCUGCGUCGCAGCGCAGCCUUCGCUGGACUUCACCUCAAUUCUGGCGGACGCGCGUGGUGGUCUGGAGGAUGUGAGGCGGUGGCGGCGUGAUCUGCACAUGAUGCCGGAGCUCUCUUUCCAAGAGCACAACACAUCCGCCUACAUUCGGGCUCAGCUGGACGCCCUGGGCAUACCGUACACCUACCCGCUGGGCGUGACUGGCAUCCGGGCGGUGCUAAGCGGCGCCGGAGGCGACGCGGGGCCCACUGUCGCCCUGCGUGCCGACAUUGACGGACUGCCCAUCACUGAGGAGCACGCCGACCUGCCGUACACGUCACGUACCCCGGGGCGCAUGCAUGCCUGCGGCCACGACUCCCACGCGGCCAUGCUGCUGGGGGCCGCCAAGCUGCUCAAGGCGCGUGAGUCGCAGCUGCCGGGCCGGGUGGUGCUGCUGUUCCAGCCGGCGGAGGAGGGCUUGGGCGGCGCGCGGGCGCUCAUACGUGACGGCGCCGUGGCAGACGUGGAGGCCAUACACGGACUGCAUGUGUUGCCCGACCUGCCCAGCGGCAUCAUCGGCACGCGGCCCGGCACCAUCAUGGCCGCCUCCGACCGCUUCGAGUUUGUGGUGCGGGGGCUGGGCGGACACGGCGCACUGCCGCACACCACCCGGGACCCGGUGGUGGCGGCGGCGGCGGUGGUGACGGCGCUGCAGACGCUGGUGUCACGCGAGACGUCGCCCGUUGACGCGGCGGUUGUGACCGUGUCCAGGUUCAACACGGGUCCGGGCGCCGCCAACGUCAUCCCGGAGUCCGUCGAGCUGCAGGGCACUGUGCGCGCCCUCACGCAAGCCACCUUCGAGCGCCUGCACCGCCGCCUGGAGGAGGUGGCGGCGGGCGUGGCGGCGGCGUACGGCUGCAGCGUUACCAAUGUGUCGUGGAGCGAAGUGCCGUACCCACCGACUGUGAACGAGGCCCGCAUGGUGGAGCUGGUGCUGGACGUGGCAGCAGAGCUGUUGGGCUCGGAGGCGGAGGCGGAGGUGACGGCGGCGGGUGGGACAGCGACAGGAGCAGGUGGUGGCGGUGACAGCACGCAGCGGGUGCGGGUAAUUGAGCCCCUGCUGGCCGCGGAGGACUUCUCCUUUUACGGCGGCGUAGUGCCACAGGCCGCGUUCACCUUCCUGGGCAUUGGCGAUCCGGCCAAAGGCACAAACGCCGGCCUGCACACGCCGCGCUUCCAGGUGGACGAGGAGCAGAUGCCGCUGGGUGCGGCGCUGCACGCGGCGGUGGCGGUGCGCUGGCUGCAGGACCGGGCGGCAGCCGCGGCGCAGGUGGAAGCCGAGGUUCGCAAGAAGGCGGCGAAGGCAACAGGGUCAGCAGGGCAUGAGGACUUGUAACGGCUUGCGGGGCACGCCUGCAGGUCAGGCCUGCAGGAGGAGGCAAAGCGGCAGUGGCAUUGUUGCAGCUCAGUUGCAGUUGUCAUCGUAUGCGUGACAGGCGUCAGCGUUCGGAGCGUUCGGACGGGCGCUGUCGUGUGUGGAGUUGUGUAAUGUGGAAUGAGAGCGGGCGUUAUAAGGGCCCUGCUUCGCGGCCUGUGAGCGGCAGCCGGUACGGGCCUGGGCAGUGGCUCCGUAAGACAUAGGUUCUGAUGGCGCCGGUUGUUAUUGUUUUGGAAUGGGCUGGUAAGUAAUGAGGCAGAGCUGUAUCCCCGAGUGUUUCGCGCUGACUCAGCCUUGGCUGCGGAGUGCUGGGCAAAGCAUGUGGUACAGUUCUUACAGAGCUUGGGCGUACAGGCGCCUGAGGGCACGCCCUUUUACGGAGCAAUGAUUAUGCUAGGCUGCAAGUGCCGCAAAGUUGCACUUCAGGAGAGUAAAAGCAAAAGCUGGAGGCGAUGUGGGAGGCAGCCGCCGCAGAAGCUGACCCGCGCACCGAGGGUAGCUUUGCCAAGCCGGUUCGAUACUGUCCCUGGAUACACGAAGGCAAGGCAUUUCCUGUACAUGGCAUUGCGUACAUACGUGAGGACCUGCAUAUCUACAUAUCUUGUCUAGAGGGGCUAUAUGUUCCAAUUAUAGCUAUAUCAGCGCAUGGUCACUAGAUGUUCGUGCACUGUCCCUAUGGACAACUAUUUGUGCAUAGGGAGAGCAUACUCCCACGUACCACUGAGAGUAACAUGCGUAUCCAUCGCCCCCCGGCUUGCAAGCAUACCGGUACCUGUACUGUAAGUGUAACUGGUUGUAAUGUUACAAGUCA